GAAAAGUGACAUUUACUUCCUGAUUUCACAGAAUGGUAAACUGAUAUCUGCACAGUCACAUGCACAAGUGGUUACUGACCUGUGGGUGUUUUUGGCACUUAGAAACACUUCAUGGUGCUCUCAAGUGUGAAAGAGACAGCAAAGAUGGAUGAAAUAGACGCCAUGUUCAGUGACCUGCUUGGAGAGAUGGAUCACCUCUCUCAGAGUUUGAUGCCUGCAGCCGACACUCCAGAAGCUGAGCUGGUCUCACUGAGCCACAAAACCUUCUCCGUCGGUUUCACAGACCUGAACGAGUCUCUCAAUGAACUGGAGGACCAUGACCUGGAUGCUCUGGUGGCUGACCUGGGAUCAAAUCCAAACCCACAAGAACCCUCUUCUGAUGAACCUACAGAUACUCACAGUGUACCACCUGCCAUGACUCAGGAGCCAGAGCCAGCAGCUGCCCGUCCUGCACCAUCAAACACCACCGAACCAUCCAGGGUGAAGCAAACGAGUGAACCUAAAACAAAGGCAGACAAAAUCAAACUUGCUCUGGAGAAGCUGAAAGAGGCCAAAGUGAGGAAGCUGAUAGUGAAGGUGCUGAUGAAUGACGGCAGCUCCAAGACUCUGAUGGUGGACGAGAGGCAGUCGGUCCGAGAGGUUUUGGACACCCUGUUUGAAAAGACGCACUGUGAUUGCAGCAUCGACUGGAGCCUGUGUGAGGCCGACCCCGAGCUGCAGAUUGAAAGAGGCUUUGAGGAUCAUGAAUAUUUAGUGGAGCUGCUGUCUGCUUGGACUCGCCACAGUGAAAACAAAAUCUACUUCCUGUCAAGACCACAGAAAUAUGUGAUGUUCACAGACCCUCAGCUAUUUUACAUGUGGAAAAAGACGAAAUCCUGUUUGAGCGAGAUCAACAAGCAGGCCAAAGAGCUGCUGAUCAAGGAACAUUUUGGGGGUUCUGCUCUGAUUGUUCCUGACCUUGAGGGAACUCUUUACCUGAAAGAAGAUGGGAAGAAGGUUUGGAAACCGCGCUGCUUCGUGCUCAGGGCCUCGGGCAUCUAUUACGUACCCAAAGGAAAAACAAAGUCUUCCACUGAUCUCGCCUGCUUUGUCCGUUUUGAGAAAGUCAACAUCUACACCACCAUCAACUACAAGCAGAAGUACAGAGCUCCCACCAACUUCUGCUUCAUGCUAAAGCAUCCCUGCAUCCAGAAAGAGUCUCACUACAUCAAGUUCCUGUGCUGCGAUGAUGAACACACGCUGAUGCUUUGGGUCAACUCCAUCAGAAUAGCCAAGUAUGGGACUGUCCUCUAUCAGAACUAUCAGGCUGCAGUGAGGAGAGCAUCCACUCUACAAACUCUUACUUCUGCUGCACACAAAGACAAAUCCAACGGUCACACCCCUCGGACGACUCCAUCCAAAACCGCAAAUGUUCUCAGCUACCCUCAUGAGCCUCCGCCUGACUUCAUUCCUCCUCCUCCUCCUGGACAAGAGCACGUUUGAGACGCAUCUUCACCUCUUCGUGAACAUCAGCUGGUCUGGAUUUAAAGUACAAACAUGUAGUUUUAG